AUGGCCGAAGACGCCACAGCAUCGUCCGCCAUAUCGCCCAACAAGCUGGCACAGAAAAUCUCCACAGCGCAGCUCACGGAUGCCAAGAUCAUGGGGUUCCCGCAGUUCACGCCGGCGCAUCGCUCGCUCAUGGCCAAACACCUGUCGAUCGAGAUCUACGCGCAACUUAAGGAGGUCAAAACCUCCACGGGUUACACUCUGGAUCGCGCAAUCCAAACGGGCGUGGAUAACCCCCACCUUGGUGUGGGUGUAACCGCUGGUGAUGAAGAGUGCUACGAGCUCUUCAAGCCUCUAUUCGACCCCGUAAUUGAAGGCUGGCAUGGGUACAAACCCGACGACCACCAUAAAUGCGACAUGGAUCCAUCCCAUGUGACGAACGGAAAGUUACCGGACGAGUUCAUCAUCUCCACGCGUAUCCGCGCUGGUCGUAACAUUCGUGGCAUGCCGUUGCCGCCUGCUACGUCGCGUGCGCACCGCAAGGACGUCAUGAACUUGUUGCAGUCCGCUCUGGGCGAUAUGAGCGGCGAUUUGAGCGGCAAGUUCUAUAAACUGUCGGAAAUGUCGCCCGAGGACGAGCAGCAGCUCAUCACGGACCACUUCCUGUUCCAAAAACCUGGUGGGGGUACACUUCUCGAAGCUGCGGGUGCUGCGAGAGACUGGCCGUCGGCUCGUGGCAUCUUCCAUAAUAACGACAAGACGUUCUUGGUCUGGUGCAACGAGGAAGACCACAUGCGCGUCAUCUCGAUGCAAGACGGAGGUGACGUCGGGGCCGUGUUCGAGCGUUUCUGUCGUGCUAUCAAGAGCGUGGAAGAGAGUAUCAAGGCCAAGGGGAAAGAGUUCAUGUACAACGAACAUUUGGGCUUUAUCGGCACGUGCCCCUCGAAUUUGGGUACAGGGUUACGCGCCAGUGUCAUGGUCAAGUUACCCAAAUUGACAGAAGAUGUAGCCCGCUUCGAAAAAAUCUGCUCGUUGCUGCACUUGCAGCCACGUGGUACGGCCGGGGAACACUCCGCAUCCGUCGGAGGGGUGUACGAUGUCAGUAACAAGCAGCGCAUCGGCCACUCCGAGGCGGAGUUGGUGCAGACGAUGAUCAACGGCAUCACGCUGCUCAUUGCCAUGGAGCAGAAGCUGGUGGCCGGGGAGUCAAUUGACGCUCUGAUCCCCACGGAACCGGCUGCCCCCGUUGUCAUUGAUGCGGGGCCGCCACUAGUAGCGUCGACGACGAGCACUGCAGUGUUACCGUCGCAAGAAGACAACUACCCCGUCUUUACUGCCAAGCACCGUAGCUUGAUGGCCAAAAACUUGACUAAGGAACUGUAUGACAAGUUGAAGGACAAACAUUCCAGCAAGGGCUACACCCUGGAUAUGGCAAUCCAAACCGGUAUCGAUAACCCUCACCUCGGUGUGGGUGUGGUAGCAGGUGACGAGGAAUGUUACGACGUCUUCAAAGAGCUCUACGACCCUGUGAUCGAAGGCUGGCACGGCUUCAAGUCGGAGGACAAGCACCACACUGACAUGGACGUGUCGAAACUUGUCAACGCCGACAAGAUCGACAACGCCUAUGUGCAGUCCACUCGCGUGCGUGCGGGUCGUAACAUUCGCGGUCUCAGUUUACCGCCUGGGACAACGCGUGCAGAGCGUCUAGAGGUGGAGAACCUCAUUGCCACGGGGUUGUCCACCUUAACCGACGAGCUCAAGGGCAAGUAUUACCCACUCAGUAACAUGACGAAGGAGGAGGAAGAUCAGCUCCAGAAAGACCACUUCUUGUUCCAAAAACCCGGUGGCGGCACUUUACUUACCGGUGCCGGAGCGGCACGUGACUGGCCCAGUGGACGUGGCAUCUUCCACAACGACCAGAAGACGUUCCUGGUGUGGUCCAAUGAAGAAGAUCACAUGCGUGUCAUCUCGAUGCAAAGUGACGGUAACAUUGUCGAAGUGUUUACACGCUGGGUCAAGGCUGUGACGGCUGUGGAGGAGAGCAUCAAGGCCAACGGGUAUGGCUUCAUGCACAACGACCACCUUGGGUUCCUCGGAACUUGUCCGUCCAACUUGGGCACGGGACUACGUGCGAGUAUGUUCGUCAAGCUCGAGAAGUUGGGGGCUGACCCACACGCCCUCGAGGCGGUGUGCGCUCCUCUGGGCUUGCAACCGCGUGGCUCGGCUGGUGAACACUCGGCUGCUGUUGGUGGCAUGUGGGAUAUCUCCAACAAGGCUCGUAUCGGCAAGUCGGAAGUGGAGCUCGUGCAGACGAUGAUUGACGGAGUGGGCAAGCUUAUUGAGCUGGAGAAGGAGCUGGAAGGAGGUAAGAGCUAUGCGGACGUGCUGGCCUCGGUGGGGGUCACUCAGAGUGCACACUGAAGCCGUCUGUUGUACACUGAAGGAGCAGCGUCAACCUAUGGAACAAUAACCAGCCACUCGGUGGGGUUAACCCUUUUUUAUAUUUUUAAUUUGAAGCGAUUUAAGUC